GUGGGAGUGUGGGAUGUUUACACAAACACUUUUGCAUCCCAUCGGAUUCCUCGUCAGAUUCGUGUUAUUGGUUCUAAUGUCACGAGCUAGAGGAAAAGCUCAUUCUCUUUUACAGAUGUUGCUCUGAAUGACGGUUGGAAGAUCAUAAAAACUAUGAUGGCUAAUGGCUGAUUUCAAAAGACAUAUCUGAGAAAAUUAAAUGUCACUCAAAUGUCCUCAAAUGUGACUGCUAUGGCUACUGAAGCAUGUUGGUGUUGAAACUACAAACAUGUUAAAAGUCAUGGAUGGUUAUCAUCUGCACAACAUGACCAACAUGUAUGCAGAAGAUAACAUAAAUUCAACCAUUUUUCCUGAGAACUCUACCAACUGCACUGUGACACCUGCAUUUCACAUAGAUGUCACUAAGACACUGGCUUUGGGCCUGGUGCUGAUGCUCUUCCUAAUAUUCGGUGUGAUGGGUAACAUCCUGGUCAUCCUCUCCGUGGCCUGCCAUCGCAACUUUCGUUCCGUGACGCAUUAUUUUAUCGCCAAUCUGGCUGUUGCAGACCUGCUUCUGAGCUCUGUGGUGGUCCCGUUCUCCGCUGCAUCUGAAGCCUUGGGCUGCUGGGUAUUCGGUCGUCAUUUAUGUAAUGCCUGGACUGCGCUUGACGUGCUGUGCUGCACGGCAUCCAUCCUCAGCCUCUGCGUGAUCUCUGUGGAUCGCUGGAUCGCCGUCAGUUACCCGCUGCAGUACCCUUCCUUAGCUACAAGUCGAAGGGCAGUGGCGGCAGUGGUGGCUCUCUGGGCCCUUUCGGGUGCCAUCUCUGUAGGCCCACUGUUAGGAUGGAGGGAUCCAAUGCCGGAGGAUGAGUCCGUGUGCAGAGUUAAUGAAGAGCCGGGGUACGCCAUCUUCUCCGCCGCAUGCUCUUUCUACGUGCCGUUGGCGGUGAUUUUGGCAAUGUACUUUAGCGUGUACGUAGUGGCCCAGCAGAAGACUUGUUCCAUGACUAUGGGCAGACAGAUGAAUGAGUUCACUGAGAAUGGAGCGACACUGCGGAUUCACUGUCAUAACGCCCAGCCUGCUGCCGGGAAGGAGAAAGCCACCCGCUUGAAGCACUCGCACUUCGCCUUCAUUAUUAAAUUCUUCCAGGAGAAGAAGGCGGCCAAGACUCUGGGUAUUGUGGUGGGCUGUUUCGUGCUCUGCUGGCUGCCUUUUUUCAUAGUGUUGCCCAUAAGAUCUAUUUUCCCAUCUCACAGACCCCCGGACACUGUCUUCAAAAUUACUUUCUGGCUGGGCUACUUCAACAGCUGCCUCAACCCCAUCAUCUACCCGUGCUUUAGCCAAGAGUACAAGAAGGCCUUCCAGAACGUUCUCCAUGGCCGCUGCCUCAGCAGAAGGCACAGGACUUGGAGCCCUCCGGCCUCUGGUCAAGACCCUAUGACCCUGCAUGGACCCAAAUCUCCACAGGGUUUAUCAUCUGGAUUUACUGACUCCUGUACGGAUAGUAAUGCAUGGCCUACUGCUGUAAUACAUGAGUGCUCAUUUACUGCACAUAGCAACAGUGCUCUGAAUGCACCGCAAACAUCUCUGAAAGUUCAUGAAGUUUCCAUAAUCAAGAUGGAAGGUGAGGCUGUAUGAAAUGUUUUCUGAAAGAAUAAAAGAUUUCAAAGACAACCUUUUAAGGUAUUUUACAAAGACAUUACUGUGGAAUGGAGCAAGAAAUGACCAAGGAUCUGGCUAGAUUUCAUAUACAGGAGCGCCACCUUGUGGCUUGUUUAUAAUAUGCAGCUGCACUUUUGUUAAGUGUAAAACUGAGGAUUCAUACAUUUUUAGAGUGUAAAAAUCCAGCUUGGUAAUGCAAUGAUUGUUGACAAAGCCAUUUCCAAUAACUUUUUUUUUGUGUGUGUGUGUGUGAUUUUUUUUCGAGGCCUUUUCAGGGUCUUCAAAACAUGUGCUUUACAAAUACAAAUAUAUACAUAUACAUAUACAAUGGAGUGGGAAAAAUGUGAAAUGCUUGUAUUUUGCAUUGUUUUGCAUAUAAUCUUAAAUACACUGUAAAAAAAACUGUUGGUUUAACUUAAAAAGGUAAGUUACCUGGUUGCCUUAAAAUUCAACUUAAAAGUUUGAGUUAAUACAACGAAGGCGAUUGGUUUAAUCAACAGAAACUCAAAAUAUUAUGUUAUCUGUAAGUUGAAUUGACAAAAGAAAAAAUGUUGUGAAAACAAAUCAUGAAAAUAAUUGUAGUGAAAUUUUAAGAAGUUCAUAAAACCUUAAACAUUUCUUAACAUUUUUGGUUAACACUUUACAAUAAGGUUUCAUUUAGUUAACUACAUUAAUUAAUUUCAGCAUUUACUAACACAUUAUUAAAAUCUAAAGUUGUAUCUGUUAUCAUUAAUUAAUACCCUCUGAACUAACAUAUACAAUUAUUAAUUAUAUUUUAUUAACUAACACCAACAAAGGUUAAUAAAUGCUGUAAAAUAAUGCUCAGUUAGUUCAUGUUAACUAAUGUUAAGAAAUGAGACCUUAUUGUAAAUUGUUGCCAAUUUUUGUUAUAACUUUCCUGUUAAACAUUUUUUUUUUUUUUUAUCCUAAAUUUUAUGGGGUUCGCAGCUUGUGGUUGUGUUUUUUUUCUUUUUUUUUUAAAUUGAGAACUUUUGGACAAUGAUGCCAAAACACCAGUAGUGAUUCUGUACUUUACAACAGUACUUGGAUUCAAAUAUUAUGUCUUUGGUCAUACUGAUGAUAAUAGACUAUUAAAAGUCUCAGUAUAUGCUAGAUUCAUUUGACUGCUUGACAUUGCUUUUGAUGGUUUCCUGAUGCACAUAUACUAUAUAUAAUGUGCAAAUUGCUGAAAGUCAAGAACAGAGUAGAGAAAAGAUUUCUUUUUUCCCUUUUAUUCAUUUUUUACGUUUUUGUAACAUCACCAUCCAAGGGGUUUAACACUUUUCAGCGCAAGCAAACAUCCUCAAACAGCACAGCCAACAGAAUAAACACCAGCACACAACAGGUUAACUUCUGGACUGGGGUUGAUGGGGGAAAGAAAGUGGCGGG